AUGCGUCAGUCAGCGCCACCAAACUGGAACAUUGGCUACACACCAUGGCGCUGGCCUAACGACGAUGUCUGGUCAUGGUGGCUACUGGCUCCGGUGAGCGGCUACAUGGAGCUGCGCACCAACGAGCCGUUGACGAACAUCGCGGUGGGUGCCAUGGCUGCCUGUUCGGCCUCCUUCGUUACGCACCCGAUUGAAGUGGCCAAGCUGCGCAUACAGCUGCAAGGCGAGCUCCUGCCGGUCAUUGCAGACAGGUCGGCGCGGGCACGUCCCGUGUACCGAAACACCCUGCAGUCUAUUUACACGAUAUACCGAUAUGAUGGCGUCCUCGCCAUUUACCGGGGGCUUCUCACAAACCUCGGCUACCAGCUGCUGGCCAAUGGUUUGCGCCUGGGCAUCUACCAGAUCAGCGAGGACCUCGGCUUGACGCAGGACAGAAACCUGGAGCCCAGCAUUCUACUUAGUGCCCUCUUCGGCGGCGUGUCUGGUGCCAUUGGGGCUUUCGUGAGCUCUCCCCUCUUUUUGCUCAAGACUCAUCAACAGCUGCACUCAUCGACAGCGGCCAUCGCUGUUGGCUACCAGCGCGGGUACGGGAGUGCGCACGCGGAACUGGUGAACAUCUACAGGACGCAAGGUGUCUGGAGGGGUCUCUGGCGCGCCACUUCCUGUAACGUGCUGCGGCUGUCCACGGGAUCGGCGCUUCAGUUGUCCACCUUCAGCGGCUUCAAGGGCGUUCUGGACACUGCGGUGGAAGGCGGCGUGCGCUACUUCUUCGUCAACACGCUCAUCGCGGCCGUCUUGUCGGGACUCGCGUCCGCGCCUUUCAUCGUGGUCUUGGACGUACUGCGGGUGCGUAUGUACGCGCAGCCUUCGAACCCGCGCGGCGAAGGCAUAUACUACAGCAGUAUGCGGGAUUGCAUCGUCAAGAUUAGGCAGACGGAAGGACUUCGGGGCCUGUGGCGAGGCAUCGGCGGUGCUUUCUUCUACACGAUGACGUCCUCCGUUAUCACGCUGGUCUCCUGGGAAGAGAUCAAGAAGGAGGUCGACGAAGACCGACAAGAGUCUGUCCAUGACAUCACUGAUUACGGCAUAAACUGA